CAGUGCACAUGGCAAGUUUGAAAGGACCAUCCUCAAUGAUUCAGACUUUUAUCUCGUUUAUGUCGGGCCUUUGUCGCCAGACACGUUCGAAAAACUAUUUAAAAUUGUCAUUUCUCACCUCGAUUUGACAACUCAAAGGAAUCUCGAGAGUCGUAAGAACACUGUUAUUAGGAUUACCAACCGAGUACCGGGCGAUUUGGUCAGUUUGAUUGAUUCAAUAAAACGCAUAAAAGGAGAACAGCCCACGGUGGAGCAGAUCGACAGCGGCUUAAUAGCACACGACAAAGUAUGCUUCGAUUUCUAUUCCAAUGCGGCAUCAACUUAUUUCCACGCGCUCCAAGGAAUCCGGAAGGAUAUAACUAUCCAAGCGAUGGGAACCAAUUUCAAGAGGCCCUAUUUCGGGAGCUUAUUAGAGGAGAGUCUCAUACGUUCCAGUCAACGGAUCUUGCGGGCACUAACGAGAUGGAUAUUAUUUUCAAUAUCUCGGGAUACGAGCUAAUAGGAACGCCACCAAGGAUGCUUGAAACUAUAGGAGAAGAUGGCAAAAAGAUCCUGAUAAACGGAGGCUCGUAUGCACGAUUCGAUUUUAUAUUGGGCUACAUGUUCAUCCAAGUGUCGGUUAGUUCGUUCACGGUCCAUAACGACCCAACAGGUUCAGUAUACAUUGACAAGGCAUUUUCGAAAAGGGAAGCCACAGGUAAGAACCAGAUUGAGGAAUAUUUGGAUGCUGCAUUUGGUGGUGUUCACCAAGCAACUAUGACUGAAGAACCUGCUGAUGACGAGAACGACAAUAUAGCCAGUAAUGACAAGAGAAAGGGCAAUAAGAGCAAUAGGGGGAAUAGGGGGAGAGGUAACAACCAGAGCGAUGGCAAAGGAACCAAUGCCGGAAUUAAGAAAAGAAAGGGAAAUGAUGAGAGUAGUGAUAACAACAAGAAUGAUGAAGGGAGCAGUAAGAAAAGAAAGACCGUCAAGAAGUUUGCAGUCACAAGAGAUGGAAAGCCCUGCAAUGACUUUCAAAUUGUCUACAUCUGUGGUGGAAAUAAAGCUGAUAAAAAUGCAGGGUCUCCUAAUCACACAGGCAAAGUCAUCGAAUAUCCUCAAAUCAGACAUAUAUGCUACGAUGAACUCAAGUCGAAGUUAUUUCGGGCUUAUAUGUCGUAGUCACCUAAAUCAACUCGAAAUUUUGGACAGUCAAUAAAAGACUUGUAUUAUACAUCUGCAUCACAAAAGGCGCUAUUUCAAUCGCCAUUGUCAAUCCACUCAAGUAUCCAUUCAUUCAUUCAUAGCUAUGGAAGCUGUUCUGUUCAAAACUGUGAAUCCGUUUCAUUGUUCCACCUCGGUGAAAUGUUUAGCCGGGGACGACUUUGGAUUUCUUCUUUAUAAAAAGAAUUUGAAAAGUCGCCCCAUGGUCCGUGCGCGCCAUAGAGAUCCUCGCUC